AUGUCAACUGCACCUGGAGUGCACAGGGGAGACCAGAGGUCAACUUCACAUUCUUCCACAACAGGUUGGUGCAAUGGCAGUACCCUGUCUUACUUUCAACAUAUGUGUUGGGCAAUAGGUGUUGAGCUCUUUGGCACAAAAUGCUUGCCGUGCAUCACUGUGAUGGGUGCUACACAUUGGUUGUGGUUGAGUGAGUUUCCUCCAUGAAAGGGAUUUCGAGACCUAGAGAGAUGUGACAGUGACUGUCUAAUCUUAAUGUCCAUUCUUUUGUAAUACUUCCCAUUCAUGAUCUUCAUGUGGUAUGUGUUUAGGUUCAUCACAGGGAAUAUGGAGGAGUGCACAACAUAUCUCCAGGAGAAGAGUAAUGCUGUGGGAUGUAGACUGUCGUUUGACAUGUCUGACAGGUUUAGAACACUGACAACCAAGCUGGUCCAUCAGAACAAAAGUUAUGUGAAGAACCUUAACCUCAAACGCAUUGGUUGGUUUUUUUUCUCAAUCAAAUCAUAACAUUACAUACAGAACAGCAUUAAACAUACAGUGGGGGAAAAAAGUAUUUAGUCAGCCACCAAUUGUGCAAGUUCUCCCACUUAAAAAGAUGAGAGAGGCCUGUAAUCAACUAUGACAGACAAAUUGAGAAGAAAAAAAUCCAGAAAAUCACAUUGUAGGAUUUUUUAUGAAUUUAUUUGCAAAUUAUGGUGGAAAAUAAGUAUUUGGUCACAUACAAACAAGCAAGAUUUCUGGCUCUCACAGACCUGUAACUUCUUCUUUAAGAGGCUCCUCUGUCCUCCACUCGUUACCUGUAUUAAUGGCACCUGUUUGAACUUAUUAUCAGUAUAAAAGACACCUGUCCACAACCUCAAACAGUCACACUCCAAACUCCACUAUGGCCAAGACCAAAGAGCUGUCAAAGGACACCAGAAACAAAAUUGUAGACCUGCACCAGGCUGGGAAGACUGAAUCUGCAAUAGGUAAGCAGCUUGGUUUGAAGAAAUCAACUGUGGGAGCAAUUAUUAGGAAAUGGAAGACAUACAAGACCACUGAUAAUCUCCCUUGAUCUGGGGCUCCACACAAGAUCUCACCCCGUGGGGUCAAAAUGAUCACAAGAACGGUGAGCAAAAAUCCCAGAACCACACGGGGGGACCUAGUGAAUGACCUGCAGAGAGCUGGGACCAAAGUAACAAAGCCUACCAUCAGUAACACACUACACCGCCAGGGACUCAAAUCCUGCAGUGCCAGACGUGUCCCCCUGCUUAAGCCAGUACAUGUCCAGGCCCGUCUGAAGUUUGCUAGAGUGCAUUUGGAUGAUCCAGAAGAGGAUUGGGAGAAUGUCAUAUGGUCAGAUGAAACCAAAAUAUAACUUUUUGGUAAAAACUCAACUCGUCGUGUUUGGAGGACAAAGAAUGCUGAGUUGCAUCCAAAGAACACCAUACCUACUGUGAAGCAUGGGGGUGGAAACAUCAUGCUUUGGGGCUGUUUUUCUGCAAAGGGACCAGGACGACUGAUCCGUGUAAAGGAAAGAAUGAAUGGGGCCAUGUAUCGUGAGAUUUUGAGUGAAAACCUCCUUCCAUCAGCAAGGGCAUUGAAGAUGAAACGUGGCUGGGUCUUUCAGCAUGACAAUGAUCCCAAACACACCGCCCGGGCAACAAAGGAGAGGCUUCGUAAGAAGCAUUUCAAGGUCCUGGAGUGGCCUAGCCAGUCUCCAGAUCUCAACCCCAUAGAAAAUCUUUGGAGGGAGUUGAAAGUCCGUGUUGCCUAGCGACAGCCCCAAAACAUCACUGCUCUAGAGGAGAACUGCAUGGAGGAAUGGGCCAAAAUACCAGCAACAGUGUGUGAAAACCUUGUGAAGACUUACAGAAAAUGUUUGACCUGUGUCAUUGCAAACAAAGGGUAUAUAACAAAGUAUUGAGAAACUUUUAUUGACCAAAUACUUAUUUUCCACCAUAAUUUGCAAAUAAAUUAAUUAAAAAUCCUACAAUGUGAUUUUCUGGAUUUCUUUUUCUCAUUUUGUCUGUCAUAGUUGACGUGUACCUAUGAUGAAAAUUACAGGCCUCUCUCAUCUUUUUAAGUGGGAGAACUUGCACAAUUGGUGGCUGACUAAAUACUUUUUUUCCCCACUGUAAAUAGCAAUAGUCAUCUUAAAUUAGGCUUUUCAGCAUGUGUGUUUGUCCUAUAUUCAAUCUUCAUUUGAUGUGUCGUUAACGUUUGACCCUCCUUGAUGCUUUUUCUAGUGAAGCUUUACCCUCCUACCAACCUGUCAGUUGAGAUGAACAAAGACCCAGAGCUGAAUCUGUACUGGAACAACAGCAAGAACAACCAAUGCAUUGAGAGUGAAGUGCGCUACAGAAUAAACAGCAACAAGUGGCAGGUGGGGAGGGGUCAGGACUCAGACGUUGGACUACUGUUUGGACUCUGUAGCCUAAUGGUCAUUUUUCAACAAAAUACUGGACAAAUCUUUGAAAGAACUCUCUCUCUCUCCUCCACUCUCUCUUUGUUCUUUUCUUCAGAGUUCUACUCUGAGAUGGGAACAGAAAUAUAUUGUAAAUGACCCCUUAAAGAACAGUCUGUAUGAGUUUCAAGUGCGAGCACGAGUUAACAGCGAUUGUGGCGAGUCCGAGUUCUGGAGUGAUUGGAGUCAGCCCAUUCUAUGGGAUUCCAUGAAGGGAAAUAACAUCACAGGUAAAUAGAUCCAAAAUCUCUGCUUUGGCUUUAUGGUUAUAAGGUUGUGCUUAGGCUUCUAUCAGUACUUUGUCAUGGCUCCAUUCUUCCUCUGAAAAUAAGUUAAACUCUGAUUCUGAACUGACCCUAUCACUUUGUAGAGAACGACUGAGAUGCAUCCUCAUUCCCAUUGUGCCUAAUCCAGGCAAGAACCUGGAGGACCUUCUUGACAAGGACAAUUUAGAGGUACUAUUUAUCACUGGUUGCUCUUUACCAUUCAAUACACUUCAUUAUAAUAUUUGUAUCUUAUAUGUGUUACUGUUAUCUACAGUGUAUAUCAAAUAUCUUAAGACAUUUGCUUCCAGCCUAACUUCACUGAGCGUGUCUGUCCUGUUCGUGAGUAUCGUCUGGUUCCCCAAACCGGCAGCGUCAGUGAGUCUGAGAGCAACCUCUCCAUCCCAACAGACCAGUCAGAUUCCCUGUCCACGUGCUCUUCCUCAACUUCCACUCUUCCUGUCACAAGUGAAAAUGAACGAGCUGGUUUUGAAUGAUUGUUACAAAGGUCUAAUAAUGCUUUAUAAUGUUUUUACAAUACAAAACAUCCACAUACAAAGACAACUACACCAACAUCCACAAUAUCACCCCUGCCCAGACCCACCUGCUCACACCCCCAUCUCCAGCACCUGCAUCACUCUCCGCCACAUGGCCUCAAACGGCACCAUUUUGUUUCUCUCCAUCGCCCACGUACUUUCAACAUUUGGAUAAUGAAGCAUUUUAGUUUUCCAUUGUGUUAACAAUAGAGGAUUGGUUGAUUUCCAGUUUUUAAGUAUAUGUGUUUUUCAAGAUGAUUGACAGGAAAAGUAUCCCAAUGGGUAUCUCACUGCACUCCCAUAUGCCAUGUCUUGAAAUAUGCAGACAGACGGAUUAUAGCAUUCCCAGAAGGCAUGGAUUAUUGAGUCAUUGUUAGUUUUACACUUAAGACAUGUGUCUACCGUUGUGCUGCAGAAUUUGUGAAUUUUGUCUCUUGUGUAAUAAUUUCUAAAACAUUUGUUUAUACUGGAUUAAGGGGGCAGAGUGUCUGUGGGUUUUUGGUUUUUCCUUUCAAUUAAGACCUAGACAACCAGGUGAGGAGAGUUCCUUACUAAUUAGUGACCUUAAUUCAUCAAUCAAGCACAAGGGUGGAGCGAAAAACCGCAGACACUCUGCCCUCCUUGGAAUGAGUUUGAAACAUGUACUGUAAAGCUAUCAACCUCUGAUCCAGAGCGACUUACAGUAACAAGUGCAUUCAUUUUCAUACUGUUAUAAGUUUCACUGGGCUUAAUUUGUUUGUUUAUUUUACUUCUAAAUGUCAAUAUAUUUCUCUGUGAAUUAUGUUUGUGUUCAAACUGUGUAAUUUAUAUUAUAUUUAGUUAGUUGUAUCCUUUAUUCCUGCUCUCUGAGGCUCCCCAGGGUUGAGAAUGUCAGACUAGACUGGUCUCUGACAAAUAAUAAAAUAUCAGUAGGCUACAGUAGAAAAACGUUUGUCUAAAGUUUGAGGUGUUUGAAUCCAGAAUGGGCAUAACCAGACCCAGAGCCAUAUAGACUCUGGGCGUACCCAUCACCAGAGAUACUGAAUAUAAUGACGAGGCGCUUGUGUUUCCGCUCUAACAAUGGGAUUCGUUGUCCACGGAGCAGAACGGUGGGCUGUCAAGCUCUCGCGGUCCCGCCUAUUCCUCUCUUUGGAUUGGUUGAUAUAUCUUGUUAUUUUAAAACUUUUUUGAAUAUUCGAUGAGGGGUGUUGACGUCAACCACCGGUAUACAAUGGAGAGUGAGACGCUAUGCUAGCCUCAUGAAUAUGCAUAGAUCCUCCCUAUGCAACUGGAUCCUGGACUUCCUGACAGGCCGCCCCCAGGUGGUGAUGGUAGGCAACAACACAUCCGCCAUGCUGACCCUCAACACGAGGGCUCCUCGGGUGCGUGCUUAGUCCCCUCCUGUACUCCCUGUUCACCCUUGACUGCGUGGCCGCGCACGACUCCAACACCAUCAUUAAGUUUGCCGACGACACGACGAUGGAGGGGGUCAGAGACCUGGCAGUGUGGUGCAAGAUAAGGGGAGAGGGGGCAGGGUAAGGAGAGAGGGGGCAGGGUAAGGGAGAGGGGACAGGGUAAGGGAUAGGGGGUAAGGGGAGGGUAACGGUAGGAGGGACUGGGGGAGGGAGGGGUCGGGGUAAGGAGAGGGGACGGGUUCUAGGGGAGAGGGACGAACCGGUUAAGGGAAGAGGGAACGGUAGGGGUUUAAGGGGUAAAGAGGGCAGGGUAUGAGGGGGUGCGGGAGAGGGGGAAGUAGGUAGGGGAAGGGCGUGUAGUAGGGAGAGGGUAGACAGGGAAAUGGAAAGGGGAUAGAGGGGAGGGGGGUAGGGUUGAGAGGGGACGGGGUAAGGGAGAGGGAGGGAAGGUAAGGGGAAGGGGGUGGGGGUACAGGGUAAGUGGGAUGGGGCAGGGUAAGGAUGAGAGGGGAGGGUACGUGGUAGGAGUAAGUGGAGGAGGGGCUGGGGUAAGGAUAAGUGGAAGAGGGGUGUGAGGGUAAGGAGAGAGGGGACGGGUAAGGGUGAGGGGAGGGACGGGAAGGGUGGGGGAUGGAGGGAGAGGGGCAGGGUAAGGGGAUAAGUGAGAUGAGGAGGUAGGUUAAGUGGACGGGGGGGAGGGAAGGCGUGGGACGGAGACAGGGGAAGGGGUGAGAGGGGCAGGGUAAGGAGAGAGGGGACAGGGUACGGAGGAGGAAAGGAAGGAUGGAGGGGGAGGGUAAGGGGAGAGGGGACAGGUAAGGGGAGAGGGGGCAGGGUGAAGGGGAGAGGACAGGGUAGGGGGAGGGGGGCAGGGUUAGGUAAGGGAGAGGGCAGGGUAAGGGAGAGGGGGGGUGAGGGGAUAAGGUAGGAUUGAAGGAGGGGGGGAGGUAAGGUGCGAGAGGGGUGGGUAAGGAUUAGUGGAGGGGGGGUAAGGGAAGAGGGAGAAGGAGGGGAGGAGUAAGGAGAGGGGAGCGUAUAGGUGGAGAGAGGGGACAGUGGGUAAGGAGGAGAGGGGACGGGUAGGGGUAAGGGGACCAGGGUAAGGGGGGGAGAGGGGACAGGGUAAGGUGAGAGGGGACAGGGGAAUAAGGAGGGAAACGAAGGGUAAGGAGAAGGGGACAGGGUAAGGGGAGAGGGGAAGGGUAAUCGGUAAGGAAGAGAGAGGGGACAGGGUAAGGGAAGUGGACAGGGUUAAAUGGAAGGGGUAAGGGAGGGGGGGGCAGGGUAAGGGAAGGGAAGAGGGCGGGGGAAGGGUAAUUGUGGACAGGGAGGGGGGGGGGAAGUGGAGAGGAGGGGGAGUUGGGGAUGAUAAGGAGGAGAAGGUGGUGGGAUGGAAGGAAAGUGGUAGGAGGGGGGGCAGGGGUAAGGUAGGGAGAGGGGGGGGGGUAAGGGAGAGGGGACAGGGUAAGGGGAGAGAGGGGAAGGGUACAGGGUUGAGAGGGGGAAAGGGGAAAGGGGAAGAGAGGGACAGGGUUAAAAGGAGAGAGGGGGACAGGGUAAUAGGAGAGGGAGGGGACAGGGUAAGGGGAGAGGGAGGAGGGGGGGUAAGGAGGAGAGGGGAGAGGGACAGGUAAGGGGAGAGGGGAAGGGGACAGGUAUAUAGGAGAGAGGGGACAGGGUUAAGGGGGAGCGGGGGUAAGAAGAGAGCAGGGUAAGGGGAUGAGGGGGUGGGGCGGUAGGGAAGGAGAGGGGAGGGGGCAGGGUAAGGGGAGAGGGGUGGGGCAGGGUAAGGGAGAGGGGAAAGGGUGGUAAGGGAGAGUAGGGGGCAGGGUAAGGGAGAGGGGGCAGGGUAGGAGAGAGGGGCCAGGGUAUCAGGGGAGAGCGGGUAGGGGACAGGGUAGGGAGAGGGGAGGGUAAGGGAAGGGGGACAGGGUAAGGGAGAGGGGACAGGUAAGGGGAGAGGGGGUGGGUAAAGGAGAGGGGACAGGGUAAGGGAUAGGGUUGACAUGGGUAAGGAAGAGAGGGGACAGGGUAAGGGGAGAGGGGGUGGGGUAAGGAGAGAGGGGAGGGGUCGGGUUACGUAAGGGGAUGAGAGGGGAGGUAAGGGGAGAGGGGGUAGGGGGUAAGAGAGGGGGUGGGGCAGGGUAAGGGAGAGGGGGUGGCAGGGGUAAGGGGAGAGGGGGCCAGGGUAAGGGAGAGGGGACAGUGGUAAGGGUAAGGGUGACGAGGGGGUGGGGUAAGGAGAGAGGGGACGGGGGUAUAAGGGGAGAGGGGACAGGGUAAGGGAAGCGGGGACAGGGUAAGGAAGGGAGAGGGGAGAGGGGGUGGGGGUCGGAUUAAGUGGAGAAGGGGGGUGGGGUCAGCGAAUAAAGUGGGAAGAGGGGGUGGGGUAAGGAUAAGUGGAGAAGGGGGUGGGGUAAGGAUAAGUGGAGAGGGGGUGGGGUAAGGAUAAGUGGAGAGGGGGGGGGUGGGGUGAGGAGGACAGGGUAAGGGGAGAGGCAGGAACAGGGUAGGGACGAGAGGGGGAGGGGGCAGGGGUAAGGGGAGAGGGGACAGGGUAAGGGGAGAGGGGGCAGGGUAAGGGGAGAGGGGGAAGGGUAAUGAGAGGGGACAGGGUAAGGGAGAGGUAGAGGGGGAUGGGUAAUGGCAGAGCACAUUCUUCUUCUAUUAUAUAAAAUAAGUCUCACGUAUCAAAAUAGCAAUUUAUUUUUAUCUUGACUAACUUCGACACUCUUUCAUCGCCCCCCAUACAAAAAUUCCUCACUUGCUUAAAGGUGCAAUAUGCAGAAAUCACUCCGCCAUUUCUUCGUUUUUAAUUGAUUACAUUUCCUCUCAGUUACGUUAUAGGCCCACGUAGUUGGUUGGAAGGCGGGCUUGGGGAUUCCGGUGGUUGUGUUAGAGACGUGGGUUGAUCGGAGCAGCAGUAUCAAUUGUUGAUAGAAAAUCUAACUUAACUAGGUGUGGCGGCGGUUCGGCACGGUUCGGCUGUGACUGGGUCAGAGAUGGUGGAAGAUAGUGAUGGAGAAGAAAGUGAAGCAAGUAUGGAACAUAGUGGUACAAAUAAAGGAGGGAGUAGGAAAGAGAAAAAGAAAAAGAAAGCGGGAGAGCAUGGGAGUAGGGGUUUGAAGGGGAGCGAGAGGUCUAUGGAGGCAGAAAAGUACGUUUGAGGAGAGCAACAUAGUUUCCAACGCUAGCGGCAGUUCGGAGGUAG